CGGAGGGGAGAGAGAAACUUGGACCCAGUUAGAAAGGCAGUCAUGCUGGACUGAAGCUUUUAAGCUGAGCAUGUGAGACGGAAAGGGAGGCAAAACGGAGACGCACAAGAAAACUACGACUGAAGAGAGAAGGAGACAAAGGAGUGGUAAAGCCUGAAAGUAUAACCUUCCUGCGCGUUUUUACCAAGAAUUGUCUUCGAGAUUAUAAGUUCGAGCGCAACUUUCGCUCUUGUGUUUCAUGCACCAGUGGGCAUCUCGCUGCUUGCAGGGAAAGAAGAUUGCAUGGAUAAACUGCUCUCCUUCAUCAGCAACCCAGUGAUCAGCAAAAUGGACAGGUUGACUGCUGUCAUUCUCUGUGGCUUUAAAUGUCCACUGCUAUGGCCAAGCGUGAGGCUGGGAGCUCCAGCCCUGUGGUGCGUCAGAUAGACAAGCAGUUCCUGGUUUGCAGCAUCUGUUUGGAUCACUACCACAACCCCAAGGUCCUGCCCUGUCUACACACUUUUUGCGAAAGCUGCCUCCAGAAUUACAUUCCUCCAGAGUCUCUGACACUCUCGUGUCCUGUGUGUCGACAAACAUCCAUCCUGCCUGAGAAAGGAGUGGGAGCUCUGCAGAACAACUUCUUCAUCACUAAUCUCAUGGAGGUCCUGCAGCGUGAGCCGGAGUGUUCUCGGCCCGAGGCCUGUAGUGUGUUAGAGUCGGUCAGCGCUGCGGUAGCAGGGAAGCCUCUUUGCUGCCCAAACCAUGAAGGAAAGGUGAUGGAGUUCUACUGCGAGUCUUGUGAGACAGCCAUGUGUUUGGACUGCACCGAGGGCGAGCACCGGGAUCAUAUGACUGUUCCUCUGCGGGAUGUAGUGGAGCAGCACAAAGCUGUGCUCAAAACACAGCUUGAUGCCAUUCACAGCAGACUUCCUCAGCUGACAGCAGCUGUUGAGCUGGUGAGCGAGAUCUCGCGUCAGCUAAAUGAAAGAAAAACCGAAGCAGUAGCAGAGAUCAACAGUACGUUUGAAGAGCUGGAGCGGGUGCUGCAUCACCGUAAGACAGCCCUCAUCACAGACUUGGAGAACAUCUGCAGCUCCAAGCAAAAGGUCCUCCAUGCCCAGCUUUCCUCUCUUCUCCAGGGGAAGGAACACAUCCAGAGCAGCUGUAGCUUCACAGAGCAGGCUCUCAGCCAUGGGAAUGCAACUGAGGUGCUACUGGUUCAGAAGCAGAUGAGUGAGCGGGUCACAGCUCUGGCCAGACACGACUUUCCAGAGAAGCCACAUCAGAACGCACAUCUAGACUGUCAGGUGGAGACUGAAGGCCUGCGGCGCUCCAUCCAGAACCUGGGCGUUCUCCUCACAACAUCAGCCGUGGCACACAUGUCUGUCGCCACAGGGGAGGGACUGAGACAUGCAGCUACUGGGCAGCACCAAACCAUUACUGUGACAACAAAAGACAAAGAUGGAGAGUUGGUGAGGACAGGAAAUGCUGUUUUAAAGGCUGAGAUAUUGUCGGCUGACGGUAACAGAGCUGCAGAAGUAGAAAUAACGGACAACAAGAAUGGAACGUAUGAAGUGGGCUACACGUUGCGCUCCGAAGGAGAGUAUUCAUUCUGCCUGCUGCUGUACGGUCAGGCCAUACGUGGCAGCCCAUUCCGCCUGCGGGUGGUCAAACCGUCGGACGUGCCCCAGUCUCCGGAUGAUGUGAAAAGGAGGGUGAAGUCCCCGAGCGGGACAGGUGGCCACAUCCGUCAGAAAGCGGUGCGACGGCCUUCCAGCAUGUACAGCACCACCAAGAAAAAGGAGAACCCCAUUGAGGAUGAGCUCAUCUACAGAGUUGGUUCCCGGGGAAGGGAAAAGGGCGAGUUCACAAAUCUGCAAGGAAUCUCAGCCUCCAGCAACGGUAGAGUGGUGGUGGCUGACAGCAACAACCAGUGCAUACAGGUAUUUUCCAACGAUGGGCAGUUUAAAAUGCGCUUCGGGGUCAGAGGUCGUUCUCCAGGACAGCUGCAGAGACCGACAGGAGUCACUGUAGACAUGAACGGAGACAUCGUGGUGGCCGAUUAUGACAACAGAUGGGUCAGCAUCUUCUCCUCAGAUGGCAAGUUCAAGAAUAAGAUUGGUGCAGGCCGUCUCAUGGGUCCCAAAGGAGUGGCCAUGGAUAAAAACGGACACAUUAUCACUGUGGAUAACAAAGCCUGCUGUGUCUUCAUCUUUCAGUCCAAUGGAAAGCUGGUGACCAAGUUUGGAGGCAGAGGGACGUCUGAUAGACAAUUUGCAGAAAAACUUGGCCCAAACUUUAAUAAAUCUGGCUCAGUUUUCAGUCCACACUUUGUCGCAGUGAACAACAAGAAUGAAAUUAUAGUGACAGAUUUUCACAAUCACUCUGUUAAGGUAUACAGCGCAGAUGGGGAGUUUCUGUUUAAAUUUGGCUCUCAUGGAGAAGGCAAUGGUCAGUUCAACGCGCCCACUGGUGUGGCUGUGGAUGCUAAUGGAAACAUCAUUGUAGCCGACUGGGGUAACAGUAGAAUACAGGUUUUUGAUAGCACAGGGUCCUUCCUGUCCUACAUUAACACCUCAGCAGACCCGCUCUAUGGGCCCCAGGGCCUCGCUCUCACCUCAGAUGGACAUGUGGCAGUUGCAGACUCCGGGAAUCACUGCUUCAAAGUUUACAGAUAUCUGCAGUAGGCAAAGGAAAGGCAUCAACCAAUCCUGCUUGAAUUAAUUAAUAUUUCACAUUACUAGCUGUCAUUAAGUUGCAAUGUUCCUGCAGCCUGUUCCUUGUUCAUUUCUUUUCAGUGAAGGGUAAAGAAAUUGCAAAAAUAUUAUUAGAAGAAGAUAAAUAAGUUGGAUUUCUGCCAGUAUAUCUACCUGGACUCAUCCUGCCAGAAAGUGGCAUUUUGUGAUAAACCUAAUUUCUGGAUUAGAUUCAUGACUUUUCCAGCAAACAGCAAGGCAAACAAGCAUGUACUAUUUCCAGCCAUGUUUUCAGAGGAAGGUAGACCUAUAGUUAAGUACAGUUUGUAGUGAGGUUCUUUAAAAAUGUUACAAGCAGUCAAAACCUUACCUGCUGUAGUUAACUUUAAUGUGUUCUUCUUUUUGUAUUAGUCCCAGAGGCUGAGGCUAACAUCCAGUCUAAAGGGUCCAAAACCAACAACUCCAUGGAGACGGUCUCAAAUGAGUUGAAGUUGAUGCUAAUGCUUAUUUAUGAAUCUUUAGAGAAUAGGGUGAAUCUCAUUGUAUUGGACAUUUAUUUCAAUAGAAGGUGUUGGAGAUGUUGCACCACCAAUAAAUUUCCUGUGUGAAAGCUACAGGCUACUGAUGGGGACAUAUACAGCACCUCUGAUCAGAACACUUAGGGUGAGAGUAACGCAGUGUUCAAAGCAAAUAAAUUAUUACUGUUUAAAAGUUUUCUUGCACCUUUUUUUCCCCCACAACACACAAACAACCGGCUAAAAAUAAAAUGAAAACACUGCUGUUAGCCAUAGCUCCAAGCGCGAAGUCUCAGCUAACAUGCUAAUCCAUACAAUAAGCUAAUGUUAGCAUUUUAGCAACAGCCAGCAUGUAAACUGACAACUAGCGAAGUGUUAGCUACAGUUACCUUAAAUAACUGUAGCUAACUGUAGUUAAACCUUUUUAGUUGAUGCUAGAGUACUAACAUGACCCACAACAUAGCCUGCCGUUUACUUCUUGUGUCCUGACAACAGCAUCAAUAUUCUCUUUAUUCCUUCUUGUCAAAUAUCCAUGAACUUGUGGGAUUAUGAAUUACUACGCUGUUGAUUUUGGAGGCUUGCAACACAACCUGAAUACGGCAAUAUAAGGCAAAGGUUGUUCUAUCCAUAUCCCGUUUAACAAAUGUCGAAAUCGUAUUCAGCGGGCAAAUAUACAGAAAACAUUUAAAUGACUUAUUAGAAACUCUGAUUUGGCCUUUGUCCAUUUGUGCUACAGGAAAAUCAGUGAGAAACCACCUCCAUUGUUUCCUUUGUAAAUGAUUUUCAUCCUUUUAUUUCAAUACAAUCCAAAAAUGCAAACGCAAUAAUGAUCUGAAACUUUAUAAAGCAGUGUUUGUAUUAAUCAGUGUAUUUUAGUUUCAGCCUCUGUAAACAACUAAUCAACAAAAUGACGAAUAUGAGCGUUUUCUGCUGCAGGGAAGAUAUUUAUUGCUCGAAACCUUUUAACAGAACAUCAUUUCAAAAUCCCAAGAGGUGUAAUUUUGUCACUGUGCACCAAAAAUCCUGCUGAUCCUGCCUUUCUUUUUCUUUUUUUUAAAUCUGUAUACAAAACAGAACAUUUUGGAAUGUGUAGCUGCAGGUCAAUUUGUCACUCUGUACUUUUUCAUCCUGCAAGACCCACCAGUCAUUAGUUUACCUUUUAUGCAAGUUAUAGUUUAUUUAAUGAAGCAUAACAUCCCAACCAGCUCCACUUCUACAGGUAAUUUAUUUUUCUGGUCUUGCUGUUGUAAUAACCCAAAUAGAUUUCUAAAAAUUGACCCCAUGGCUUUUUGCACUUUUGUCUGUUAAUAUCAAGAAUUUACUGUAAUUGUAAAUAUGCAUAUGUAGGUGUACAUAUGGAUUUAUUGUCCAUGUUAUAUUGCUACAGUAUAUAUCCUACUUAUUCCAGCAUUUAAAUGAGACUGAGAUCAUGCCAAGCAGUAGCCACCCGAAUGACUGAAAUAUUAGAACCAAGUUGUAAACAUUUGCUGUAUUUUAUUUUUCCAGAUUAUUUAAUUUAUUUUCGAUUUUCUUUUCUUUAUGAUUUGUUGUACAAAUUAUUUUUCUAACUGUUGCAUUGGACACUUUACUUUCCGCCAAACAUGAUGUUAUGUGUUAUAAGUUGUAGCAUCUGAAAUCUGAUUUCUCCUCUAACUUCUUCGAAGAGCUUACCUUGUUUAACAUUGAUGUUACCCUCUGCCAAAAUGUGUUGUUGUAAUUUGCUUUUUAACAUUGCACAAAGAACAAAUAUUAUAAGAGUUCUAUCAUUUUACAAGAAUAAUAUAUGCCUGUAUGUACAGUUCAUUUAUCAUGAUCAAAGGUGUAUUGUACAUUACAGUCAUUUUAUUAUUGUUGCUGAUAACCAGCACUUUUAUCAUGGACAGUUUAGAGUAUUUGUUUUUAUGUGUGGCUCCAAAAAGAACCUUUUUUUUUAUGUGUGUUUAUUAAAAACUGUUUAACUGUC